GAUGGCACAAGCACCUGGCUGGCCUUAAUUUCUUUUCUUUGAAUAAUGGACCUCCCCGCCUCGGUUUUAAGCCCCAGACGCGAAGGUCCCAGCCCACCGCCCAGCCGAAGCUCUGUGCUGCCCAGCCCCAUUGUAUCCACGCGGCCUGGGGCCAGGGCCAGGAGAGUCUGAGGCGGACCCGCCCUCCCAACCCCUGCUCCCCAGGCCUCCCCUGCUUGACCUUCCAGUUUAGCAGAUUACCAGCCAGGUAACCGGAUGUUCCCAGGGCCGCGCUGCCCCCGAGCCACAAAUGAACUGUGACUCACGAUUCAUCCCCGAGCCGCGGGACCCCGUGUUCCCGCGAUAAAGCCCGCGCUGGGCAGCGGCUCGGGGAAGCUAGAAGGGAAUUUGUGAGUCACCCCUUGGCGCCUGGUGUCCCCCGCAGUCCCUGUUUGGACCCUAAUUUUUGUGCUUCCAACAUGGGGCACAAGGUGGUGGUGUUUGACAUCUCUGUCGUCAGAGCCUUGUGGGAAACACGAGUGAAGAAGCAUAAAGCCCGGCAGAGGAAGGAGGCGGAGCGGCUGGAGAAGAGUGCGCUGGAAAAGAUAAAGGAGGAGUGGAACUUUGUGGCCGAGUGCCGGAGGAAGGGCAUCCCCCAGGCCCAGUACUGCAAGAAUGGCUUCGUGGACACCAGCGUCAGGCUUUUGGACAAAAUGGAGCAGGGCUCCCUGGCCAGGCAGAGCUCGAAGGCCAAGGACGGGGCCCGACGCAGCAGCCCGUUUGUGUUUGAGCUCUGCGGGGAGCACUGGAAGGAGCUCCCUGACUCGCUGAAGGAGCAGACGCACCUGAAAGAAUGGCACAUAAGCAACACGCUGAUUCAAGUCAUUCCCACAUACAUCGAGCUGUUUCAAGCCAUGAGAAUCCUGGAUCUGCCAAAAAACAGAAUCUCGCAUCUUCCAGCUGAAAUUGGUCGUCUGCAGAACCUGAGAGAGCUCAAUGUGAGUUUUAACCACCUGACGAGCAUUCCGGCCGAACUGGGGGACUGCACGAGUCUGGAGAGACUGGACUGCUCCGGGAACCUGGACUUGAUGGAGCUCCCUUUCGAAUUAAGUAACUUGAAGCAAGUUACAUUUGUAGAUAUCUCAGCGAACAAGUUCUCCAGCGUCCCGAUCUGUGUCCUGAGGAUGUCCAGUCUGCAGUGGCUGGAUAUCAGCUGCAACAACCUGAGCGACCUGCCGCAAGACAUAGACAGGCUGGAAGAGCUCCAGAGUUUCCUCUUGUAUAAAAAUGAGCUGACCUACCUUCCGUACGCCCUGCUCAACCUCAAGAAGCUCAGUUUGCUGGUGGUCAGCGGGGAUCAUUUGGUGGAGUAUCCAAGUGCCCUCUGCGAUGGGUCUUUGAGUUUAAAGUUUGUCAGCCUCGUGGACAAUCCUAUUGCUAAGCCUGGACCUGAGGACGACGAUGAAAUUGAGGAAAGCGAGCAGGACCGCCAGCAUUUCGAUAAGGAGUUCAUGAAGGCCUACAUCGAAGACCUUAAAGAGAGAGAAUCUGUGCCCAGCUAUACCACCAAGGUAUCUUUUAGCCUUCAGCUUUGAAACCACCCACCAGAAGACUGCAAGACCUCACUGUCCUGUGGAGCUCCAAGUCCCUGUGUGUAGGUUGUGUCAUUCAAGAGUCGUGACAUGCUUCACGUCAAAGCCUCGGAUCCACUGUUGCUGUGGUUAUUAAAAAAAUAACUUUCAA